UACCGGAACUCAAUCAAUCCAACUGGACAAGCUCUGGAAGGAAAAGAACCGUUCACGACCCGCAUAAAGUUCCAUCUCGCAACUUACUGCGACUGUGUUUACCGGCAAAGUGAAUAGUCAUUCAGCGAGAAGUGGCAGUCGGAAGAGAUCCACGAUGUCAACUGGAUUCGGGAAUUGGAACGAAGAACGAAAAGCGAAGGAAAAUGGCGAAGCUCCAUCGAAUGGGUCUUCCUGGUCACUCGGCUCGGACCAGUUGUUACCGCUGUUUAACACAGAAAGUAUAUCAUGGGAUUCCAUGAAGUCAAGCAUGGAAUCUCAAAUGCCAAAAAAAAUAAUGGGAAUGGGUUAUCAACAAAGAUUCAAGGUAUUCUGUGCACUUCUCUUUUUGUCCGCACUUUUCUUUGCCUUGGCAUUCUUUAUAGGAGUGCCCUUGUUGGUGACUCGGCCUCAAAAGUUUGCAAUCUCCUUUACCAUGGGAUCGAUCACUUUCAUGGGAUCCUUUGGUAUUUUAAAAGGUCCAAUGGAGCAUUUGCAAAGUAUGUUUGCCGCCGACCGUCUUUAUUUCAGCUUUUUGUACAUCGGUUCCAUGGCGAUGACACUAUACUUUACAUUUACUCACGGAGGAGCUUCGGGAUACCUGCUGGUCAUGGCGGCUAGUGCUGUACAACUCGUCUGUCUAUUCUGGUACCUCAUUAGCUUCUUGCCAGGCGGUGCCGCUGGUCUGCAGUACGUGUUUGCGGCUAUGGGGCACAUUCUUAAGCCCGCCCUUGUAGUCUGCGCCCAAUUUCAAGCCGUGUGUGUUGCCAAGUGUUUCGGAUGGAUGACG